AUGCCAGAGAAAAUUAUCCUCUACUACAUCAACAUUAACAGCGCCGACGAUGUCGACAAGCUUGUGAAGAAUGUCUUGGAGCUGAAGGAGUUGGCGGAUAACCUAUCCGACCUUGGGCCGAAACGUCUAAAUGAAUCAGGCGCAGACGAUCUCAGAAACUGUCUCGCAUGGGUCACAUUCUCGUGGAACAAACUUGACGACGUCAAAGAAACAUACAAGGACAAAUCCGAGGUCCAAGAGGGACUGGAUAAUCUGAAAGACGUGGAGACGAAAUUGACGAAGGCCUGUUCAUCAGAUGAGGCGGCUAAGAAGCUCACGGGCGGGCUGAAGGUGAGCAUCGUGAAGACCCCGAUCAACGGUAGCGCCAAGGCGAAUCUCUCAGACAAAGGCGAAUCUGUGUUCAAGAACCUUAAGAUCUUGAAUAGCGGCGCAAUGUCAUCAAGACGACUGCGACACCGCUACAAACCUUUGCCUGAACUGCGUGACGGCACGAUUGAUGAGAAUGCCAAGGUUGCUGAACCCCAAGCAGUUGUGGCCCUCUUCCAUUCCAGCAGCGCAUUGAGACGAUAUAUCUCUUUAACAAGAACAAGGGACAAUCUCUCUAGAGCGGUUCCUAAGAAGAACGUGAAGCAAGGGGGUACCCCGCGAAGGAAGCAAUGGAGCCUAUACGCCUCGGCUGGUAACACGAUAACACUCUUUCUCGGUCUCACCGAAGCAGCUCGGCAUUAUACCGCGUAUCAUCGGUCCCAGGACGACAUUGCCGCGCGAAUCAGCACCGAGAUCAGCGCUGUCAGUAAGACGCUACUCAUCAUCGACACACCUGGCUACGGCGGCUCUUGUGGCAUCGAGCGCGAUGCCUUCGACACGGCCAACCAUGCCAACGCCAUCAUCUUCGCCUGCCGUGGCAACGAGGCGUAUACCACGCCCACCAUCCCUGUGUCAAUAUGUAUCUUCCCACUCUUCACGGAGGACAUCCACAGCUGUCUGUACACCGUCUACAUCUUUAGUGAUGCCGGGGUCUCGCUUACCCGUGUGGAGACGCCGAUUCAGACUGCUCGUGCAAGCGGUGCCCUUCCCGAGCAACUGGCCCAGCCGGCCCAGCCGGCCGCAGCGAAGAAUGCCCUGAUCAUAGCGCGCGUGGACAAGGAUAAGAAGUAA